CACUCGCUCGCGGAUCGGCUUGGAGCGCGAGCGCUGCCGGAGGAUGGUAAUGCCAGAGAAAGCAAAGCACAGCACCGAAUAAAAGGCGACCGACUGGGAGCGAUAAGAAGAAAAUAAGCUGGUUUUGCCUUUCUCUCGUUCCUUCCGUCCAUUCCCUUUUCCAUGUAUUUCUUGGAGCUGGCUUACGGAGCUUCGAUGGCGAAGAGGACGGCGGCGGUUCUUGGGGCCACGGCGCUCUUGGCGCAAGUAUACUAUGUGCAGGCGAUAAUUCUCUUCACCAAAGAGCCCUAUUCCCAAGAUGCUUUGCAUGGGCGCAGUGCAAUUCUCCGCUGUGAGGUUGAGAUUCCAAUGAACAUUGUGUUUGAGUGGCUGCUAAAUGGAAAACCUGUAAAGACUUCUGAGAGGCGCUUCAUUGAAGGCAGCAAUCUGCAAUUUACAGCAGUCGAUCGGAAGGAGGACAGUGGAGACUUCCAAUGCAUAGCACGGAAUACAGUCUCUGGAGAGGAAGCUAAAACAGCAACAGCGUCCUUCAAUAUCAAAUGGAUAGAGACCGGAGGAGUGAUUUUGAAAGAUCCACCCAGCAUGUCUGAAAUACAGACAUCUGCUCCAAUCACUCUGCGCUGCAACAUUGAUGGACACCCCCGUCCCAACUGGCAAUGGUUCAGAGAUAGUAUCCAGUUAACAGAUGCAAGCCAUUACACGUUUAACAACAAAGAGCGCAGUUUGACCCUGAAAAGUGCCAGCCCUGAUGACAAUGGGGUUUAUUACUGCUGUGCAAGGAACGCAGUGGGAAACGUUUGCAGCAAUGAUAACUUCACCCUGAUGAUCAUCGAUGCCAGUUUUCCACAACCUAUAAUCCGACCUCAGGACCAGAUUGUCAAUAAGAAGGAAGAUGCCAUGUUUCACUGUCAGUUCACAGCUACACCUCCCCCGAAACAGGAAUGGUUUUUUGAUAAUUCUAUCAUCAAUAACUCAUCACGGACAAUUGUAUUUGCUAAUGGCUCCCUGCUACUUACCAACGUGAAACCUCGCAGCUUUGGUGUGUACAGAUGUGUUGGUCGCGGUCCAAGAGGGAAACCCACAGUGCUGGAAGCUGCACUACGCAUGGCAGAAAUCGACGAUAUGCUGGUGUUCAGUCCAAAGAUUUUCAUUGCAAAUACUACGCAGCAUGUUGAAUGCCCACCACCAAGAGGACUGCCUUUGCCUGUUGUGUCAUGGUAUAGAGGCAGUACACCAGUUCCAACUGUAGGGCGUGUCUACCAGGCUGGGAAUGAGUUGAUCUUCAAUGAGACAGCAGAAGCAGAUUCUGGGUUUUAUACUUGUCAUGCCAGGAACAAAGCUGGAGAGAAGACCAGGGAGCUGAGCAUCACUGUGGCAACAAUCCCAGAGUGGGUGGUCAAACCAACAGACAGCCAGCUGGAUGAAGGAAAGCCAGGAUUUUUGCACUGUAGCACCCGGGCCACUCCCACUCCCACAGUUACCUGGUUCCGGAACAACGUGGACAUUUCUGGUGACAGCCGAUUUGAGGAAUUUGACAAUGGAACUUUGCGUAUUAAUAAUGUGGAGGUGUAUGAUGGAACUCUGUAUAAAUGUCAGAGCAGCACUCCAGCAGGAGUCAUUGUGGGAUAUGCGCGUGUCCAAGUCUUAGAGAAGCUCAAGUUCACGCCACCUCCACAACCACAGCAGUGUAUGGAGCUGAAUAAGGAUAUGACAAUCCAAUGCUCUGCCACUGGCCGUGAGAAACCAGUAAUCAAAUGGAGCAAAAGCGAUGGAAGUCGCAUAUCCCCUCACGUUAGGCAAGAAGCCGGAUUGUUGCAUUUUACCAAAGUGACCAAAAGCGAUGCUGGAUACUACGCCUGUAUUGCAUCAAAUAGUCAAGGGGAAAUCAGGGCACCUGUGCGCCUUAUUGUUGCAGUUUUGCCAAAGUUUAAGAUGGAGCCUGAGAACACAACUGUCUACCAGGGAUAUGUUGCAGUGCUGAACUGUCAAGCUACUGGAGAACCCCAGCCUAACAUUCAUUGGAAAGUGAAAGAGAAGAUCCUGGAUUCCAACAAGGUCACACACAGGGUACAGAAAGUGGCAAAUGGAUCCCUGGUAAUCUAUGAUGUCAGUGCAGAGGAUAGUGGGAAAUAUACCUGUAUCGCUGGCAACAACUGUAACAUCCAGCACCGAGAUGCAUUCCUCUAUGUUGUUGAUAAGCCAGCCAUUCUUGAAGAAAAUGAAAACCAACAUACUCCAUAUAAGAUGAUCCAGACAAUUGGACUCUCUGUUGGAGCUGCAGUAGCUUACAUCAUCAUUGUAUUAGGUCUCAUGUUCUAUUGCAAAAAAAGGCGAAAGGCAAAGAGGUUGCACAAGGGCGUGGAGGGAGAAGAACCUGAAAUGGAGGUGCUAAAUGGUGGGACUUUGCAGCAGAAUGGCCAGUUAACAGCUGAGAUUCAGGAGGAGGCAUCCAUUAAUAACAUCAGUAUGACGGUCAUGUCUAACAAGCGCCACAGCAUGCAUGAUAAACUGCACUUCCCUCGCUCAAACCUCAAGGCAAUCACAACCUUGGGAAAAGGAGAGUAUGGCGAAGUCUUCUUAGCCAAAGCCAAGGGGAUCGACAAAAGUGAGGUAGAGAUGGUAGUUCUGGUGAAGAGUCUGACCACACGGGAUGAACAGCUACAACUAGAAUUCCGUCGAGAAUUUGAGAUGUUUAGUAAGAUGAAUCACAACAAUGUCGUGAGACUGCUGGGCCUGUGCCGUGAAAUGGAGCCACACUACAUGAUCACUGAAUAUGUCGAUCUGGGAGAUCUGAAGCAGUUUCUGCAUAUUGCAAAAGGCAAAGAAGAGAAGAUUAAAUCUCAACCAUUAAGUACAAAACAGAAGGUGGGCAUUUGCAUACAGGUAGCACUGGGAAUGGAAUGCCUGUCAAACCAUCGCUUUGUACAUAAGGAUCUGGCUGCUCGAAACUGCCUGAUCAGUGCCCAACGACAGGUCAAAGUGGCAGCACUUGGGCUGCGCAAGGAUGUGUACAACAGUGAGUAUUACCAUUUCCAUCAAGCAUGGAUUCCACUCCGUUGGAUGCCAGCUGAGGCCAUAUUUGAGGAUGAUUUCUCCACAAAAUCGGAUGUGUGGUCCUUUGGGGUUCUGAUGUGGGAGGUCUUCUCACAGGGGGAGCUGCCGUUUUCCAAACUUAGUGACGACGAAGUAUUAACAGGCAUACAGAACAGUCAAAUCAAACACUCUGCACCUGAUGGCUGCCCAUCUAAACUCUACAAACUGAUGCAGCAUUGCUGGGCAGCAAGCCCCAAGGACCGCCCAUCUUUUAGUGAGAUUGUCAACGCCCUGGGUGAAAUUCCCGCUGACAGCAAAGUCUGAUGGGGAUUAAUGACUAUUCCCAGAAUCAUGUACAGUGUUCAACAAGGAGAGAUCAGCAUCCCAUCCAGGGCUUGUCUGCUGGCAGUGUCUCCUAGGUUUUAUUGUAACUUUUUGUGUUUUUUUUAUUAUUUCAUCCAAGGAAUAGAGCAUCUCAAUUUCCAGGGACCUUUUGACUUAAGUUCAACUGUACAGAGUGCUGUUUCCGAGGCCUUUCACCCACUGCUAUCAUUGUGCAUGUGUUCCUGCCAUGGAAGAUUUUUGUGUCUCAGUGCAGGAGUUUGGGAUAAUUACCUCCAAACCCACCACAGAGACUUUGUUAAGUGCAGAGGGACAUUACAGAUUGUCUAGUGCAUUGACUAAGAGCAAUAAAUGAUGGGUCACUCUACCCCACCAGCUGCUCAUCUGGAAAACUGCUUGCUUCUCUUUAUCAGCAGAUUACUGGGUAGAAUGAAUUUGCUUCACUAAAACUGCAUAUUUCAAAAAUUAAACGAUCAAGCACAAUAGAUUUUUGAAAUCUAAUCCUGUUCAGAGAGAAGGUGCAGGCUAUCUGAAAGGACCACGGCCUGCUGAUGGAUGGUACGUGAUCUCAGGAUGUCUCCAUGCCUGGAGCUUGUACAUACUGUAGAAAAUCACAACCUAACAUUACCAACAUUGCUUAAUGUAGAAAGAAGCUGGAGAAACCUGUCUAUUUAUUUCAGUAGGUUCUCAAUUACCUUGUCUUUCCAACAUGGUACUGUUUAUUUGCCUUCUUUAAAAAAAAUUUAUUUUAUGUAUGUUAACCUUUAAACAUAUCUUUACAAGCAAAACACUAUAGAAAGCCAGUAAUUAAACUGGCAUUGCAUAUAGGCAAAUCUGUAUUGAACCAAGUGCCUGGUGUAUGAAGGAAUUGUUAUCAAUUUUCAAAACUGUAAUGAAAUGCAAGAUCCUGAUUUUAUAAUUCUUUUAAGAAACCCUUUUUAUAUCGAGUUUUUCAAUUUUUUUAAAGUGUGGAAAUAAAACCUUGGCUGAAAUGUUAGUUUUUUUUAAUUUGCAUAAAACUUAGACAUAUUUAGUUCAUAUUCGGCUUGUGCAGUUGGUUUUAUAUCCGUAAGUUUUACAUGCUGCUAUCAAUAAAGUUCACAUUUGGUAUUUUA